CAGCGACAGGUAGCCGGGCACCGCUCGGCACACUGUGCUGCCUGUCCCGCCGCGACUCCGCCCCGGUGCAGACGUCUAGGGCGGCCCGCCCGCCCAAACAUCGCGAUCAACUCUCGCAACAAUUAGUGCACGCGAGCUUACUUCCACUACCGACGGAAAUUGGAUUGGGUUCGAAUGUUGUGCAAGUGACUCCGUGAUCGGAUGUGCUGUGCUUAGUUCGGCUUGUGUGGUUUGAACGGAACUAGGUACACAGUGGUUAAACUUGUUGCGAAAGAUUAAAAGUGAUUAAAAGUGCUACGUGGGAUAUGUAAGCAUGUGAACUAUAAUUUUCCCUUGAAGAGCUGCAGCUUCAGCCAUGUGAGCGUUCAACACUUCAUUCCACAUUAUGUUGGAGACUGAUUAUGGCGAAUCAUACAACGAGUUCGACAGAUGGGGCAACUGGUCGCUGGGCAGCACCGAGGCGGCGGCGGCGGCGGCGGCGGCGGGGAACGACUCCGCGGACCGCGAGGCCACGUGCGGCGGCGGCGCGCUGCUGGCGCCCGCGCUGCAGGCCGCCGUGUACUUCCUCUACAGCUCCAUCUUCGUGGUGGCGCUGCUCGGCAACGGGCUGGUGUGCCUCGUGGUGGCGGGCUCGCCGCGCAUGAAGACCGUCACCAACUACUUCAUCGUGAACCUGGCCGUGGGCGACAUGCUGAUGACGCUGCUGUGCGUGCCCUUCUCCUUCGUGUCCACGCUGCUGCUGCGGCACUGGCCGUUCGGCGGCGCGCUGUGCAAGGCGGUGAACUACUCGCAGGCGGUGUCGGUGCUGGUGAGCGCCUACACGCUGCUGGCCAUCUCCGUGGACCGCUACAUGGCCAUCAUGCGGCCGCUGCAGCCGCGCCUGGGCCGCGGCGCCGCCAAGCUGGUGGUGGCGGCGGUGUGGGGCGGCGCGCUCGCCACCGCCGCGCCCAUCGCCGCCGUCUCCACGCUGCAGCGCCCCUCCGAGUGGCACCAGUACUGUGAAUUCGACAUCUGCAUGGAGCAGUGGUCCACGCCCGAGCAGAGCGCGCAGUACACGUGGGCGCUGCUGGGGCUGCAGUUCGCGCUGCCGCUGGGCGCGCUGGUGGGGACCUACUCCCGCAUCGCGCUGGCCGUGUGGGACGGCCGGCCGCCGGGGGAGGCGCACUCCGCACGGGACUCCAGGAUGCAGCGGUCUAAGAGAAAGAUGAUAAAAAUGAUGGUGACCGUCGUAGCAGUCUUCACAGUAUGUUGGCUGCCGCUCAAUAUCUUCAUUGUGUUAUGGACAGUACACGAGCACGACGACAGCUGGAGCCUGUGGCCCGGUAUGCCGUACCUGUGGUUCGCGAGCCACUGGCUGGCCAUGUCGCACACCUGCUACAACCCGCUCAUCUACUGCUACAUGAACCACCGCUACAGGAGAGGAUUCAAACAAAUCCUGUGCAGCCUGGUGUGUGUGAAGCGGGAGAAGGUGGGCUGCCGCUCCUGCCAGCGGUCCAGCGUGUACGACGGAGUGCCCAUGUCCGCAGAGUUGGUGGGAGUGACGGGCAUCGGGCGGCGCGCGACCGUCAGCAGCAGCGUCAGCCGGGCGCGGAGCUGCGCCUGCGCCGGGGGGCGGCGGGCGGGCAGCUCGCACCACGCGCCCCCCCGCGACGCGCUGCUGGCGCCCCCCGCGACCCCCGCGCCCCCGCCGCGCGCGCUCUCCGUGCGAUCGCAUUUCGACUAGAAGACAGGCUACGAAAUACGAAGAAUCUCAAAAACGGAAUAAGUACCUGUCUACAGCUAUAGUUAUCGUUUUAUCUCAUCUAUCUAAACCCAAUUAGGUCCUAUCUAUUAAUUUGUUCGUGAAGGGGAUACCAGACUAUACAAAAAGUUACAUUACAGCAAAUGGAUAAUGAUAAAGAAUGUUUUCUUUUUGCCGAUUCGACACUUCCACAAGGUUGGAAUGAGCAAAUUAAAUUCGUCUCGAUUUCUUGCUCACGUAUCGUGGGCCGAGUGGCAAAUACUUUGAUUUAAUCAAAAUGUAAAUCCCGAUUCCCGCCGCCUAUCUAUGCUAAUUCGCCUCUCUGUACAAAUACAAAUAACUGCUUUUUAUUUGAUUCAAAGGAUUCAAUGUUGUGUAAAAAUGUGUGUCAAAUACUUACUUAUUUUAUUAUAAAGUAAUACUUAUCAUCAAAGUCAAAACGUUUCAUAAAAAUUAUUUUUUAUCAUACAGUAAAAGAGGCAUGAUAAUGUUCAUUGGGUCCUAUCAAGUAAGGAAUUAACUUUUUAUUUGUAAUUUUUAGUUUGGUAAGUAUUUAUUUUUAUUAUUUAGUUACAAAAUUACCUGUAUUCUAAAGAAAUUCUUAUAUCAAAGCAAACGCUUUUCAUAGCCUUCAUAAACCUACUAUCCCAGGCUGUGGAAAAACACUGCCGUUUUUAUAAUUUCACAAUUCUACUCUUACUAUCAGUGAUCAUGAUUUUUGAUAUCUACUUACAAAUUUAAUCACAACUCAUGACUAAGCACCUCCUAUUUUUAUAAGUACUUAUUGUAAAUGUUGUAAAUAUUUUACCUACCUGCCUAAGUAUUUAUUCAUGCGAAUAUGUGAAAGAGAUGGUAUAGGUACUUAUACGAAGUACAAACGACUGUAAGAUUGAUAUGUGAUGUUUCUAUUCUAUGUAUUAUUACGGUAAGUCUUAAAUCGUAAAGGUAGAUUAUAAGUAUUUCAAAAAUAAAACGAGAACUAUCCAUGUUU